AUGGCUCAGAAGACUGACUUGGAAACACUGGCCUUUCGCUCCGGCUGGCUCGCUCUGAGCCAAUUCCCGUUCGUGGCUCUUCUCUUGUCUCAGUUCAACGUCAUCAGCUUUGCAACAGGCGUAUCCCGCCAACGCCUGAAGUGGUUGCACCGAUGGCUGGCAAGAACAAUCUUUCUCCUCUCAACACUUCACGGGGCGCUCUUCCUGGCCCAGUGGAUUCCUAAUAACUUCUUCUGGGACGAACUUGAGAUCGUGCCUCGAGUCAAGCACGGCCUCGUUGCGUGGGCGAUCUUGGCCUGGGCAGCCCUGAGCUCUGUGGGCCCCAUGAGGCGCCUGUCCUAUGAGUUUUUUAUCUUCCAGCACAUGGCUUCCGCACUGGGUUUUCUUCUGCUUUUAUAUUGGCAUAUUCCUAAGAACCACAAGUUCUAUGUUCACUUCGCCUCGGCCGCCAUCAUUUCGGACCUUGUAUCACGCCUGCUGCACUUUAUGUACAGAAACAUCGAGGUCCUACCCAAGAGGCUAUGCCGUGGCCGGCGGAGGAUCGGGUACGAGGCCACAGUAUCCGCUGUCGACGACGAUUUGACAGUACUGGACGUCAACGGAGUUGACUUCAGUUGGACCCCCGGCCAGUACGUCUACGUCUGGAUGCCUACUUUCUGGCUCCAGUCACCUCACCCAUUCACGAUCGCCAACAGCCCCAGCCCGGGACCAGACAGUUCCAGUCAUAUUUCGCUCGUGAUGCGGACUAAAGGAGGCUUCACAAAGAAAUUGAACCGGUACGCCCAAGCACACGUUCCUGGCGAGAAGCACCGGCGACUGCGAGUCUUUAUUUCGGGGCCGUUUGGAAACCCACUAAGUUGCACGUCAUACGAAACCCUUGUCUUUAUAUCUGCUUCGACUGGCGCUUCUUUCACUAUCCCCGUUAUUGAGUCGCUGGCAGCUAGCUCAGGUGUCACAAUGGCCCGCCGCGUGCACGUACUCUUGGUGGAUCGUCGGAAAGCCCAUCUUGAAAUAUACAUCCAACGGCUCCGUCAAAUGCUGCGAGAAUGCAUGGGAUCCGGCAUCGUCUUUCACAUCAAAGUUGCCAUCACUGCACCACCUGAAGUUCCGGCCAUGAACCUCGACGAAGCCGGUGGAUCCAGCGAGCCGACAGGCCUCUACGAGAGGUUGGUCGGGGUCGACGCUCAGGACCGAUCACAAUUGUCUUUAGAGGAAAACGACUUUGAGCUUCGCGGAUCAUCAGACUCGGACAAGUCUUUCCUGAGACAUAGCCGCGAGUCGUCGGUGAGCAGUACAGGUUGGGAUAAGGAGCUAGAUAUUGGACUAGACAAUGUCGAUGAUCCCAGUGUCGAAGAGGUGACGGGCCGGCCGGACUUGGAGGAUUAUUUUGAAGAAAUAAUGGAUGGGGCCUGUGGGCGGGUCGCUGUAUUUGGGACAUGA